UUACCCAAAUUUAGGGGUCGAACUAUAGAUUUCAGUAGCAGGCCUAUCGCCCACUCACACGUGUAAAUGUCAUUGCUGGGGGAGCUGAGGAAAAUUCGAGUUAAUAUAUACAGGGAAGAGAUUCCCAAAUUUUAUACCUUCUAAACUUAAAACGGCAAGAUGAACAAGGUAAACUUUGCGGAAAAUAACAAGGAUCAGGGACCCUGCGCCCGCGUGCGUAAGAUUCGUCCAAUAAACAUGGGCGGCAAUGUGGAGCAGCGUCCCUGGACCCCGACGGUCCGAAUCGGAAGGAUUGCAGCCGAGACUACCAAUCCAGGUCCAGCCACCGUCCAGCUUCCGACGUUGAUCGGUAGCAAAGUUCCCGAUUCGAAGAAGAAGGCCGCCCCCUCGUACUCCUUUGGCCACAAGCUGGGCGGGAAGUACGACACCUCUGGACCGGGACCGGCUCAAUACAAUGUGACCGGGAUGCGGGCCAAGGGUCGGGAUUAUCCCCGAGCGGCCACGCUGCAGAGUAGGCCCAAGGAACUGACCCGCUUCUCGAAUCCCGGACCCGGGGAAUACGACGUGGUGCCGGCGGCCAAGGCCGUGAUCGAUGCCACGCCCAAGUAUACCUUUGGCCAGCGACCGGCCACUCUGAAGACCUUUCAGAUUCCAGGUCCCAACCAUUAUCAAGUGGUGCCACUUGAUGUCGUCAAGCGGCGAGCCCCACGAUACUCCUUUCGCAUUAAGGUUAACGUGUAUUUGGUUAACAAUCCAGCUCCGAAUAGCUAUUGCCCUGAAAAGGUCACGCAAUCAAAAAAGAAUGCGCCACGCUACACUUUCGGUAGACGAACUAAAAUCGAACACGAUCAGGGCACACCAGCUCCUGGCGCCUAUUGUCCCGAAAAGGUGAAGCUCAACAAGACGCCGGAGUUCAGUUUUGGCAUCAAGCACCACGAACAGAAACCAGAUUACACGCCAGCGCCGGGAACUUAUAAACCCGAGCAGGUUGUCCUUGAACACAUUCCCGCCUACAGCUUUGGCCUGAAAACCAAACACAUCCAGGUCAGCGACACUCCAGCACCCGGUGCCUACAGCCCCGAAAAAUCGCGACUACACUCUACACCCGCUUACUCAAUCACCGGAAAGGGCUCUCAUGAUGUUGUCGAUUGUACACCAGCCCCCGGAGCAUACGAACCCGAGAAGUGCGUGUUGAGCAGGACGCCGGCCUACAGCUUUGGCCACCGCGUGGAGCUCGCCAAAUGCAAUGAGACGCCCGCGCCGGGCACCUACAAUCCCGAGAAGGUGCGGAUGGACCACACGCCCGCCUUCACCCUCUCCGGUCGCCCCGAAACGAGGUCCGUCAGCGAGACCCCGGCGCCCGGUUCGUAUGCCCCGGAAAAGUACCGCAACGACCGAACGCCGGCCUUCACCUUCGGCGGUAAGCACGAGCAGCGGCUCGACAGCUCCACUCCGGCACCGGGCGACUACUGUCCCGAAAAAGUCCGCCACGAUCACAACCCCGCUUUCUCAUUCGCCGGCCGCCAUGAUUUGCACAAGACCAGCGACACGCCAGCACCCGGAGCCUACGAAACGGAGAAAGUCCGCCAGGAUCACAAUCCCGCCUUCUCCUUCGCCGGUCGCCAUGAUCUGCACAAGCCCAGUGAAACACCCGCCCCGUGGGCCUACUCCCCCGAGAAAGUUCGGCAAGAUCAUAACCCAGCCUUUUCCAUGGCGGGAAAACAUAUCGAAAAGCUCACAAAUGGAACACCAGCUCCGGGUGACUACUGUCCAGAGAAGGUUCGGUUAGAUCACACUCCCGCUUAUUCUUUUGGAAGUAAGAACGAUCCUAAAAUAGAAAACAAUACCCCAGCUCCAGGAGAUUAUCAUCCAGAGAAAGUUAGGCAAGAUCACAAUCCAGCGUUCACUUUUGCUGGCCGUCACGAUCUUCACAAACCAAGUGAAACUCCCGCCCCGGGGGCCUACUCCCCCGAGAAAGUUCGUCAUGAUCAUAACCCAGCCUUUUCCAUGGCGGGAAAACAUAUCGAAAAGCUCACAAAUGGAACACCAGCUCCGGGUGACUACUGCCCUGAGAAGGUUCGCUUAGAUCACACACCUGCUUAUAGUUUCGGAGUUAAGAAUGACUUAAAGAUAGAGAACAAUACCCCUGCUCCAGGAGAUUAUCAUCCGGAAAAGGUUAGGCAGGACCACAAUCCCGCUUUCUCGUUUGCAGGUCGCUAUGACCUUCAAAAACCAAGUGAUACUCCUGCUCCAGGAGCGUACUCUCCAGAGAAAGUUCGCCAAGACCAUAAUCCUGCUUUCUCAAUGGCUGGAAAGCAUAUUGAGAAGCUCACAAAUGGAACACCAGCUCCAGGUGACUACUGUCCAGAGAAGGUUAGAUUAGAUCACACACCUGCAUAUUCUUUUGGAAGUAAGAAUGAUCCCAAAAUAGAAAACAAUACCCCAGCUCCUGGUGAUUAUCACCCUGAGAAGGUUAGACAAGAUCAUAACCCAGCCUUUUCCUUUGCCGGUCGUUACGAUCUCCAAAAACCAAGUGAUACUCCUGCUCCAGGAGCUUACUCUCCAGAGAAAGUUCGCCAAGAUCACAAUCCUGCUUUUUCAAUGGCGGGAAAACAUAUUGAAAAGCUUACAAAUGGAACUCCUGCCCCUGGAGACUACUGUCCCGAAAAGGUUAGGUUAGAUCACACUCCUGCCUAUUCUUUUGGAACUAAGAAUGAUCCCAAAGUAGAGAACAAUACCCCUGCUCCAGGUGACUAUCAUCCGGAGAAGGUAAGGCAGGACCACAAUCCAGCUUUCUCGUUUGCAGGUCGCUAUGAUCUUCAAAAACCAAGUGAUACUCCUGCUCCAGGAGCUUACUCUCCAGAGAAAGUUCGUCAGGAUCAUAACCCAGCCUUCUCAAUGGCUGGCAAACACAUUGAAAAGCUUACAAAUGGAACACCAGCUCCUGGUGACUACUGUCCAGAGAAGGUUCGGUUAGAUCACACUCCCGCUUAUUCUUUUGGAAGUAAGAACGAUCCUAAAGUAGAAAACAAUACCCCAGCUCCUGGUGAUUAUCACCCUGAGAAGGUUAGACAAGAUCAUAACCCAGCCUUUUCUUUUGCCGGUCGCUAUGACCUCCAAAAACCAAGUGAUACUCCUGCCCCGGGAGCCUACUGCCCGGAGAAAGUUCGCCAGGAUCACAAUCCAGCUUUCUCAAUGGCCGGGAAACACACUCAAAAGAUCUCGAACGACAGCCCAGCUCCUGGCGACUACAGUCCGGAGAAGGUUCGUCUGGAUCACACACCUGCCUACACUUUCGGUGGAAAGAACGAUCCCAAAGUGGAAAACAAUACCCCGGCUCCGGGUGAUUAUCAUCCCGAGAAAGUUAGGCAAGAUCACAAUCCAGCCUUCACUUUCGCUGGCCGUCACGAUCUUCACAAACCUAGUGAUACCCCCGCUCCUGGAGCCUAUUCUCCGGAAAAAGUCCGACAAGAUCAUAACCCCGCCUUCACGAUGGCUGGCAAGCAUGUCUCUAAGGUUUCCAAUGAUACUCCUGCCCCUGGUGAUUAUUCUCCAGAGAAGGUUCGCCUAGACCACACACCCUCCUAUACGUUUGCUGGUAAAAAUGAUCCCAAAAUAGAAAACAAUACCCCUGCCCCUGGUGAUUAUCACCCCGAGAAGGUUAGACAAGAUCACAACCCUGCCUUUUCCUUCGCGGGUCGUCAUGACCUCCAUAAGCCUAGUGAGACCCCAGCUCCGGGGGCCUACUCCCCCGAGAAAACUCGGCAGGAUCAUAACCCAGCCUUCUCAAUGGCCGGAAGACAUAUUGAGAAGCUCACAAAUGGCACUCCAGCUCCUGGUGACUACUGUCCCGAGAAGGUUCGCUUGGAUCACACUCCAGCCUAUAGCUUUGGGGUCAAAAACGAUCCGAAGGUGGAGAACAACACUCCAGCACCUGGUGAUUACCACCCAGAGAAGGUUAGGCAGGAUCAUGUUCCCGCCUUCACCUUUGCCGGCCGUCAUGACCUCCAAAAGCCGAGUGAUACUCCAGCUCCAGGAGCUUACUCUCCAGAGAAAGUUCGCCAAGAUCACAAUCCCGCUUUCACAAUGGCUGGAAAACAUAUUGAAAAGAUCACAAAUGGCACACCAGCUCCUGGUGACUACUGUCCCGAAAAGGUUAGGUUAGAUCACACUCCCGCCUAUUCUUUUGGAAGUAAGAACGAUCCCAAAGUAGAGAACAAUACCCCUGCUCCAGGUGACUAUCACCCCGAGAAGCUUAGGCAGGACUUCAAUCCGGCAUUCACCAUCGCCGGCAGGCAUGAAUUGCGAACCCUUAGCGAAUCCCCGGCUCCCGGGGACUACAGCCCCGAGAAGGUGCGACAGGACCGAGCACCUGCAUUCAGCUUUGGCGGCAAGCACGACCCCAAGGCGGAGCACCUUCAUCCCGCGCCCUGCGACUACGCCCCCGAGAGAGUUCGCCUCGACCAUACACCCGCCUACACAAUUGCAGGUCGUCCGGCCGCCGAGCCCGUGAGCCAGACCCCAGCUCCCUGCGACUACCAUCCGGAGCAGUGCCAGGUGGACAGCACGCCGGCGUUCACCUUUGGCAUGCGACUCGGGAGGGAGCGCAUCUCGGACACGCCAGCACCCUCCGCUUAUGAACCGGAGAAGCACUCACAGCACUCCACCAUCGCCUACAGCUUCGGCACCAAGUCGGAUAUCCGCGUGACCACCGAUGCCCCAGCCCCCGGUCACUAUCAUCCCGAGCAGUGCAAGCUGGACAGCUCGCCAGCCUACAGUUUUGGGUUGAAGACAGUGCCCACUGCUUCGCUUUCAGAACCCAAAGGCGUGUACAUCGAAGAUCGCAUUGUCCAAAGACGCGAACGCCGUCUGGCGAGUCCAGUUCGCAACAAUGCCGAAUGCACCAUCACAACCACCAAUAACACCAACAAUGCUGCUGGCAGCAGCACCACCACUACAACCACCACCACCACCACCACAAAGACAUUUAUCGAUGGAGUGGAGCAGCCGGAGUUGCAGCAAAAGCAAACCACCAAGCAGGUGAAUGGCACCCACAAAGAGCUUAAGUCUGCACCACCAGCACCACUUAGUAAUGGUAAUGCCAAGAUGAUCAGCACCACCACCACGGUGCAGGAGGUGAGCCACGGCCAGAAGGAGAUUGGCAAUCUGAAGGUGGUGGCCAGCGGUAAGUCGGAUGCCAGUGCCACCAAGGCGGCGGCCGUGAGCCACCAGACGGUGGUGCUUCCCGAUGGCGCCAUCGUGACCAGUGGCCAGUCGUCGAGGAUGCAGACGGUCAAGUACGCUGUGGAGGCCAGCAGCGUGCAGGAGAAGAUUAUCAGCUCCUAACGUCUACAAAAUACCCACCGUCAUGGGCAGCAGCAAGGAGGGCAAGAUUCGCUCGGCUCCAGCCUACACGAUCACGGGUCGCGAGAAGCCUCCG